GGAUAAUUUAUUGGGAUAGAGGGAGUAACAUUUAAAGUACUAUAUAUAGACUCGAUCAAUGGCGUCAAACCUUCUCUGCUGCAGCAUUGUUUUAAAUCACAGAUUUAAUUGAGUUUAACUCUUUUGUCAACCCCCGUUUUUAAGACAAUUUGAAGAUCCCCGGGAAAAGGGAAAAAAACAAAAAAAUAUAAACAGGAAAGAAUGGCUGAGAAAAGCAAGAUUUUGAUAAUCGGUGGAACAGGGUCCAUUGGCAGGUACGUAGUGGAGGCCAGCUUGAAAGAAGGCCAUCCAACCUUUGUUCUGGUGAGGGAAAGCACCGUUUCUUCUGAUCCUGUUAAAGCAAAUCUGGUCGAAACCUUCAAAACUUCUGGGGUCACUUUGGUUUAUGGUGACUUGUUUGAUCAUGGGAGCUUGGUGAAAGCCAUAAAAGAGGUGGAUGUGGUGAUUUCAACUGUAGGCCACCAACAGUUGAAUGAUCAGACCAAGAUUCUUGAUGCCAUCAAAGAAGCUGGGAAUGUUAAGAAAUUCUACCCUUCUGAGUUCGGGAUUGAUAUGGAUCGGCACCAUGCGGUUGAGCCAAUCAAAUCUACAUUUGAUGGAAACGCACAAUUUCGAAGAUCAAUUGAAGCCGCAGGAAUACCCCACACCUAUAUUGUAUCAAACGCUUUUGCAGGUUAUUUUCUACCAACUCUGAUCCAGCCAGGAGCCAUUGCUCCACCCCGCGAUAAAGUUGUCAUCUUGGGAGAUGGAAAUGUCAAAGCCGUUUUCAACCAAGAACGUGACAUUGCUACAUUUACCAUCAAAACUGUGGAUGAUCCCAGGACACUUAACAAGAUUGUGUACAUCAGGCCUCCCAAAAACAUCGUGUCAUUCAAUGAGAUCGUGGUAAUCUGGGAGAAGAAGAUUGGCAGAACUCUGGAGAAAGAAUAUGUCCCCGAGGACCAACUUCUCGCACAAAUUCGAGGUCUAGGAACUGAGCUAGCUAUGUCAUUAACAAAUACUCCCUCUGGUCUUAAUUAUAAGGCGUAAAUCAUCGCUAAAAUUUGUUUAAAUCUGUGCAUUAUAAUUAGGCUCGGAGGAAGUACAUUGAGUUAAAAAAAUUUCUGCACUGAAUUCAAACUUGCUUUCUGAUAUGAGACAUACAUUUCUUAAUUAUGCAGAGGCAGCAUUUCCUGUGAAUCUCAUAUUAGCAAUCAACCAUGCAAUUCUGGUAAAGGGUGACACAAUCAACUUUGAGAUUGAGCCAUCUUUUGGUGCGGAGGCUUCUGAGCUUUAUCCGGAGGUCCAGUACACUACCGUGGAGGAGUACAUUGAGCAACUUGCUUGAAUUUUAUAAUUUUUCUUUUCCCUCUAGAAAAGAAUCAUUGUGCUUACAGCUGUAACCGCUGCUGACUAACGCCAUUGAAUGUAAGCAUAAAAGCUCAUUGCGGAAAGGCACACUAGUUUUUUGCACCCAUUUUGUCGGGAAUGUCAUCUACCCUUCCUCAUACUUUUUUUUGUUGGCUAAAAUCAUUUGUUUUGGGAAAAUUUCACUCAUCAGGAUAGUACUCUUUCCAUUAUAAAAUAACUGCUAUUUUAACAGAACGUAGAAAUUAUGAGACAUAAGUGCUGUUCUUAUACUCCAAUACAACUUUUGUUCAAACUUUUCAAAAUUAGCCUGAAAAGAAAAUAGUUUUAACAUCAAUUAUUUGUUACUCUCUCUGAUCCUUAUUAUAAGACAAUUUAACAUCC